CUUUAUUUUAGUCUUAUAACUUCCUGCCUGGAAAAUUUAUAAAAGACUUCCUCUGAUGUUCGGUUUACCAGUUCAAUACAGAAAUUUUACAGCUUGUGAGAGCUAUGUGUUGUAGUUUUAAUCACACAAGAGAAUAUAUCAACAGACUUUUUAUACGAAACGACAAUGUCCACGGAAUUCGUAAUAGAGCAAAGACAACGCGGUGUCGUUGAGGAUAAUUUGAACCGCAUUAACGAACUGUUCGAUGUUCACAUUUCGAUCGCUAAUGGUACGGCCGAAAAAGUAUGGAUUACUCUCAGAGGAGGACAACUAGAGAAAGCGAAGGUAUGAGGGUUUGUUUUGUACCAAAUUCCUUUAAAGUUGGCCAUAAAUGACGAUAUAUUUUGGGUUCAUGAUCGGCAUAUAUAAUGCCGACAUUCUAUAACAUUCAAAGCAAAGCAGUCCUAUGACAUAUUUAUGAUUAUUUCUGUGUAUUAUUUAAAGCCUUCAUCUCGUGAAGGUUUUAAGAUGUCUUAGGACUGUUUUGCUUGGAAUAUAAACCGUUAAAUUGCGACAGAAAGCGCGCUUUGCAGAGGCUAUAGACGUAAAUUCUACGGGUUUGAACAAAACCCGCAACCAAUAUAUAAUUUAUAUAUUUAUAUGUGAACACAACACGACCGAACCUGUUUUCCACAUAGAAUACUGUAUGAGGGCUAUUCAUUUCGAAAAAGAAUCGAUGUAGAGGCAUUAUACGAGAAAUUGAACUUUGUGGGGGCCGAAGUUGCGAAAGCUCUAAAAUUUGAAUUGAUGCCAAAUUUAAAUUUUAAACCGUUUGCAAUGUGUGUUUAGUAAGUAGGCGUUUAAAAUAUCAAAUUGCAAGAUACGUGAAUUUUUAUUAGAAAGCUAAUCACGUUUAUACUUAAUUCCUGUUGAAAUUUCGUCAACUUGAAUUAAAACCGACUCGAAAUAAAUUCACAAAGUUGGUUGAUGCCCAUGCAGCUAAAAUGAUUAAUUAAUUGCUUUGAGAGGUCUUUGAUGCUUGCAGAGGAAGUUCAUACCGCACAUACCUUUGGCCCUCAAAUUUAGAAGCAAUUGUUCUAGAACCCAAAUAUACUUUAAUCAUAAUUAAUUUCAUAAUCAUUUUCUUGACAUGUAUGUUGUGUUUAUUCGCAGAGCUACAUACAAGCACUGACAAAUGCACAGGAACAAAAUUCGGUGACUGUUCCCACUUCCUUGAUCAAAAUCUUUGGACCUCGUACUAACGAGCAUUUUAAGCUUGAGUCGGAAUAUGGGGUCGUUAUCCGUUUCCCGCAGGACACGAAAGCGGUCAUCCGGGGCAGCACGAUGAAUGUUAUUCUGGCGUCGACAAAACUAGAAGAUCUUAUAUCGAAAUAUUCUAGCAGUAGCACCCAAACGAAACCGCCUCAACUGCCAAAAACAUCUCAACUGCCAAAAACAUCUCAACUGCCGAAAGCGUCUCAACCGAAGGCCAACCGAGCGCUUGACGAUUUUGCUUUGAAACUUGGAUAUGAGCAAGAGCAAAUAAAUAGGGUUUUUGAGAAGCUUGGACCAACCGUUGACAAGAACACCUUUCUGAACGAACUUAUAAAUGUUUCGGGGGCAGGUUCCAGGACAGACGAAAGACGGGUGCCUGCAUCACCGCGGGGCGUUGCUGCCUUGAGUAGACCAGAACAAUUUGCCAGACACCCGAGUGAAAUGGUUGUUGCCAAUGGAAUUCUGUCAUCUGCUAGUAUGAAUUCUCAAAUGUAUGGUGCAGAGAAUGGCGUAGUCGCUAGAGGUAUUAUCCCUCGACCGGCUGUCAAAAUUCCACCCCCAAAUAAUCCACAGGGCUACCCUAACCAAGAUUAUAUGCAAGUGAGCAAUGGAAUUAACCCGUACAUUAUACCUAGAACAACUGGACCAUCUACCCAAAGAAGCAAUACAAACGGAUCGGGUGUUAUUGCUCAUGGAUUUACGCCCCGAAAUGUGGCGCCAUCUGCACAGGGUAGCAGUUUGAGCCAGUCCGACAUUAUCGCUCGCGGUCUUAUCCCCAGGACUACGUCUCAAACAACCCAAGGUAGUAAUUCUACCUACACAAGUUCAGAAUGGUCAAACAGCUCGUAUUUGACUCAAGGAAGCGAAUAUGCAUUGAAUUCCGACCCUCAGCAAGUCGAUCAAAUGGUCGACCGGAUGACGUCGAAGUAUCAGCAAUUUCCGCAGUCAGACUUGCGACACAUUGUGAUUGAUGGCAGUAACGUUGCUAUGAGGUAAGCUAAGCGAAAGUCAUGUCUGACUCACGUUUGAGGUAUUUUAAUGAAUGUCAUGUUUCAAAUGUGGGGUCAAGCAUACUUAAUAUUCUACAAUUAAUAAGAAACUUGUUUAAUUCGCUUGGGAAAAAAACUUCCUUUUUCUAAUAUCUGAAGAGGAAGUUGCUAGGUGUGCUAUAUCAAAAGAACCUUUCAUUUUAUGCUACAGGCAGUUUAAAUAUCUUGCAUUAGACAGACUAGUGUAACAACAUAGCUACAAUACAACAUAUUGUAGCUUAGGCCACAUGGGCGGAUAGUCUGAUUAAUAAGCCUUUAAUUCAAAACACUUUCCCUUCAUAAGCUUUGGUUUGUGAAAAUGCCAUGUAUACUUAUUAUUGCAAAGCUUUCGGUUCGUAAGCCCUGAUCUUCAUCAGUGGUAAUAUAUACAUGGUGUUUUCACGAACUGAAAGUUAUAUUAUGCUAUCGCCAUGCAAAACCACAAAUAACUUUCUCUUGAAUCAGCAUUUGGGCGCAUUGCGGCUUAAUGGGUUAACUAUGAAAUCUGCAGGUAAUCUGGUUAUUAAUUUAAACCACCAAACAUUUUUCCUCGGCAAAUACAAUUUCUGGGAUUAGACCAAGUUAAAUAUAGCAAAGCGCAUGGAUUUGGUCAUGUUUCAUCUUAAUGAGUUAUAUGCUGUGCAGGAAAGGAAAUAGGAGAUAUUAUGUCUGUCAAAGAGAGCUUUCAUUUAAAACCCAUUACUAGUAAUCUGGUAUUAGACGGAGCAAUAACGAAAUCGAGGCAUUGGGGCACAUUGCAGCUUAAUAAGUUGUAUAUCUGAUAAGGAAGUAGGAAUCGUAUAUAUUUCAAAGAGAGCUUUCAUUGAAAGCCUACUGUGAGUUUAACUAAUCAAAUUUGGAACAAGGAAAUGUUUUGACCACAGGUCAUUGUUCAAAUGAGACGUCCAUAUAUUGAUUGUUAGUGAUCUUUAAAAAAAUGUUGCAUAAACUUCCAAAAGCAAACACAAUUACAAAAUAGAAUGCUUUGCAUAUGCACAAUUCGAUUUGUCUAAAAUUAGACAUCAAUUUUUAAAAAAAUUUUGUUUACUUCCAAAGGUAAGCAUAAUAAAAUGUUCAAGGUACUGUAGAUACCCUUAUUUGGAAAGAGUCCUCUGUAAUCAUACAGAUUAAUUGUCUAAUUUUCAAAGAAGAGCUGAUAAGAAUUUGUAGGUUUAUUUUAGUAUCAAUCAUCUGAAAUAGACCCUGGCAUACAGUUAUUUUUGUAAGUGCAUGCAAAGAAAAAAUCUUUGUGAACGGGUAUAUUUGCAUUGACGAAUAUAAAAUAAAUAUGUGAAGAAUUACAAUUUGUGACAAGUGUCACACAUUUAAAUACUUUAAUUCUGUAGUUAGACAAUCAUGCAUGGCAAUCUUUUUUUUUUAGUUUUGUGAAAGACAUUAAACAGCACUCCAGCGUAUACUUUUGCCUAAUUUAAUCAAUGAGUACCUUGAAAAUUCGGACAUCUUCGAAACUCUCAUUUGUGGAGCAGCCUUAUAGUCAAGUCUGACAUGUUUAGUAUUUGCAAUACCAUUAGAGAACCGAGUUUUGUGGUCAAAUAUGGCAGUAAUGCUGCAAGAUGUGAGCUGUCACGCAUUCUUACAAAAUACUUUCUGUUUGAUACCAACCCUUAAAAAAAAAACUUCGGUCCGAUUUCCUGCUGUUGUCGAAAACUACACCAAUAUGGCAAUAAAGUCGGUUCUUACGCAGUUCAAAUAAAAAAAAAAUGACAGUGCUGUUAAUACCAUAAUUUAUAUCAUAUUUUUCUUUGCAAGCCAGCUCACUGGCCGUGAUUCGAAAUAUCGUGUUGUUGUUCUAAUUGUUCAUGUACCAAUAUAGCUUUCCAGUUGUAGAAUUUGGGAGAAAGCAACUAGGGUUUUAGAUUAUUUCAUAUAUUGAUGACACCAGGGGUUUUGAUCUUCGCACAAAGACCAAACACAUGACAGGAUGUUCUAUCUAUUUCAACACGGAAAUUUUGAAGCGCGGUUACACAAGGUCAACUGUUUAAUAAUGCAGGAAGUUCAUACCUAUGUAAACAUUGGCACAUGGUCAAUAAAAAGCCUCUUCUUUUACUUGAAAAGCGUGCGUUAAUUCAUGCUUGAAUAGUUCCUUGUUAUAGCGGAUAGAAUAUUGCAAUGUAGCCAGUUUUGUUUGGUUUUCUGAUUGAUUUAAAGGAUAUACCUUUGUGAAAUUUUUUUUCUAAUUUACUCGAGGUCAAUGAUUUGGGGUGACCUUUCAGACCAUAGGAACAAUAUAUUUCAGCUUUUCGCAACAAAAACAUUGGUAUUCCAAACCCAGCUGUUAUUUUGAAUAACCAUAGUUUAGUUGAAGCGUUCCAUAUUUCACGUGUGGUGUGACUUUCGUUUCCUCCAAACUAUAUAUUUCCUUGUAAAUUAUCAUCUGUAUGAGUCACUUUCCGCUUGCGGUGUGUGCGCAAUAUGGUAUUUUGGGAAGCAUUAGCUUUUUGGGAAGUCUUCGGCUGAACCAAGAGAGAAAAAUGGGAAAUAUUUUGAGCAGCUGAUGCAAUAUCACCUGUUGCGUUUUAGGUUUAGUUCCCCUAAAUUUUGUUAAUACACCUUCAUUACGCCCUAAUACACCCUACUUUAUUAUUUUACUCUGUCUAAUACCAGACGAUUUUACUCUUCAAGGCGAGAGCGCUGACACGCAAUGGGUUAAUCAGACUAUCUGCCCUUACAUAAUCCAUGUUAGGUGAAAAGGACAGCAAGUUCAUUAUAAUAAUAAUAAUAUAAUAUAUAUGGCACUCUUGAGCCCUAAUUCCCAGAGAGAAAUAAACAUUUUCCAGUUCUGUAUUUCAGUAGAAUGUUGAUUGAUUAUGUUUUCUCAUACAAAUUUUCCUCUUUCCAGCCAUGGUAACAACAAAAUCUUCUCAUGCCGAGGAAUCGCGUUGUGCGUGGAAUGGUUUCGGCGGAGAGGUCACAAGCAAAUCACCGUUUUCGUACCAUCAUGGAGAAAAGAGUCUUCCAAGAUAGACAACCCGAUCACCGACCAGCACUUUUUGUAUCAGCUCGAGGAGCAGGGAUACCUGACGUUUACGCCUUCAAGAAAAGUCAAGGGCAGACGCAUUGUCUGUUACGAUGAUCGAUUUGUGAUCAAACUUGCCGAGAGCACUGAUGGUGUUAUAGUCUCGAAUGACAAUUUCAAGGAUCUUGCUUCGGAAAAUCACAGAUGGCGAGAGGUUAUUGAACAGAGGUUAUUGAUGUACUCCUUUGUGAAUGACAUGUUCAUGCCGCCGGAUGACCCGUUGGGCCGUCAUGGACCGAACCUUGACGAGUUCCUCCAUAAGGGUACCCAGACACACCGAAGGGUGUGCCCCUAUGGCCGAAGAUGCACCUACGGUACUCGAUGCAAAUACCAUCACCCAGAAAGAGAAGACCACCGGUUACCCAUAUACCAAAGCCUCAAGGUGUUAUUCCCCAAUCAAGAAGCUCUCAUUCUGAAUAUCAUGAAAAAGUACCCACAAGAAAAAGACGCUGAUAAGCUGGCAAGCCUCGUACUAAGUAUGAUGCGCUGAAGCGAAGGUGAAUUUACAAAAAGCGACUCUUUUAUCGAAGUAGAUCAUUUCUUUGUCGGGUUUUGUUCAAUUAAACUCUCACACCAUGCGAUCGGGCCUUGGGUCACUUCUUCACUUGUUGUGUGGUUAAUGGCUAAAAGAGUUCGACUGACUCCGAGAGGGAGGCUUUCAAUAUAGUUCAAAAUUUAAACUCAGAGUUCGCUUUAGUUUUGGGUUAAUGUACCGACAUUUAACAGCAUCAAAAUUUCUAUUACCACAGUAGGAAUUUUGCAUCGGGUAACUUCUAAGUUUUGAAGGAGAAAUGUUUGAGGGAACUUUUGGUUUUUUGCUCUACUCAGUUUGCUCAAACUUUUCUUACAAAUCCUUCAAAACUUACAAUUUACCAAUUCAGAAUUCCUACUGUGAGCACAUAAACUUUGGCAGUGUAAACCAGGCUUUAGGAUUGGGGUGGGUUUAGGGUAAGGUUUAGCCGUUUAAGUUUGUUAUAGGUGUCCUGCUUUGAUUCUUUUGCGAUCUUAAAAAUAGCCGCCAUCUUGAAAAAUAGCCGCCAUUUUGAAAGUCUUGUUGUCGUCGUCAUGUUAUGUUUGCGUGGUGUUCCGCCCAAAAAUAGCGGAAAGGUGCGAUCGCAUAGUGUGAGAAACUGUUUAUGCGCAGACACAACCGACAGUCGCAAAACCCACAAAGGAAAUAGUCGAUCCGUAAAAGGAAACGCUCAGUCUACAACCUUCAGUUAAACAGUUCACUUGUAAUUUUAACAAUUAUUGACAAUUUUUGUAAUAUGUAAAUAAUUUGUAAUUGUAUAAGGUAGUUUUUCAACCUCAAAAUUGUAAAUAUUAGUCGUCUGUUGGGAUUUUAUAACUAGGAUGGGUUGGGUAAAAGAACAUAAAUUUACGGUGUUUUUUCGUAUGAAAUUCAGUAGUCUCUAUGAGAAUUUAAUAAUUUGAUGUAAUUAUGUAUAUAGCACUCAAAUAACAACAAAUUCAGUUGUGAAGGCCGAAGGCUAUCUAAGUUUCAAGCUCCUAUUUUCUCACUUUUUAAUUCUUAACGUUAAUUUUGUCACAUUUAAAGUUGUAAUUUCACUUGAAAACUUCAGUGUUUUUCAUUAGGCAAAAAUGCACUUAGUAAUAGAUCAGGCCUUCACGACUGGAAAUUGUAAAUGUGAAUAAUUUUUAACAAUAACUGCACUAUGUGCCGUUAAAUAUACCAUGAAUGUUAUUUUUGUGUUGUCUUAUUUGACG